AUUGUCAGAGAUCGAGAGCAAAAAAACAACAAAUCUAGACCCACACCACCGCGCCGUCUGUCUUUUGGCUCUCUCUUUUGGCUCUGACUAGAGCAGAAAAUACAAGUUUCAUCAGUGUUAGCUCUUAUUCAAUGGCACAAACUGUCUUCUCUUCUUGAUUUGCCUUGUGCAUGAAGGCAUCAUGGACAGGACAGGGGAGAGGGUGACAUACAGGUGUAGACUUUGUAGACAGCAGUUGUUUGAUAGCUCUUGUGUCCUCAAUACAAGCACCUAUCAUCACCAGGACGCAGUUAGCUCUGUACCAGAAUGUCUACUGGGCCAGUCAGCCGCAGCCUCUCCGACAUGGUCUCUAGCCAGCAGCAUGCAGGGCUCGGCCAAGAGCUUCAAUGCACUCCUCACCCAAGGGAAGACAGGUGGGUCGUCUAAUGGUGUACUUGCUCCAUAUGGCCCGGUCUUAGCCGGACCCAACCCACUAUGGUUCAUCAAGGAAGACUCAACGCCUCCUUGGGUUCAGAGAACAUUGGAUAAGUUCCAGUGGAAAAAGGGAAAGCUGUCGUGCCCUAAAUGUCAUGGUCGUCUCGGUUCAUUUGACUUUGUCACACCCUACAAGCUACAAGACAGCAGUAAAAAAGUAUCUCACAUUCACGUCAUGAGGAGUCGAGUGGAUUGUGAGUCUUCCUCACCCGUUGUUGCCAGGAUUCGUCCCAUGCCUCAAAACCCACGAGAUGUUAGCCAGAGCAACGACCCUGAUGAAACAACUUCUUCAGCACAGAUAGAAAUAUCAGUAGGAGGAGCAGAGAGUCUCCCGCAUCCAUCAGACAAUGAUUCAGCCAUCCCUGUCACUUCAGCAUCUCUCUUGCCUUUGCUAACAGACCAAACCUCAAGACAAUUCUUGCCAGAAACAUUCUCCUCAGCAUCAGACGAAGAGAUUUUGUCAAACCUACCCGUCUCAGCCAACUACCAAAGAGCUGUGUCUUUAUCCCAGCCUUUGGAACAGCAGAUACACCAUGUCACCUGCCGCACAACAAGUUCAUCAGCAGAACAACCCCGUCAACCCUCAUCUUCUAAUUGUAGAAUAGGAAGACCUACUGCAGGAUCAUUACAAAACAUUUUCAGUUUGCAGUCAGGUGAUCUUGAUGGUGUCCGCUGUAGGGUAAACAGAGGAACUGUUCCUGUUGAUAAGUAUGUUCCAUUUGGAAUAGAUAGCGGACAUGCAAGAAAUGAUUCUGAUGCAACAAUGAAAAAUUCACCCAAAGAGAGAAGUGUUGCCUAUGUUGCAGGCACUAACAGACUAAACAAUAGAGUGGCUCAAAACCUCUUGACAGCAUCCCAACCCAGUACAUCCAGUGAUAAUUUUAGUCCUUAUAGAAAUCAAAACCAAAGACACAAUCAGCAAGAGCAGACAUGGCAAUAUGAUAACCAUUCAGACGAGCUUGAUGAUGAUGAUAGCCAUGAUGAAAGAGUGCAAUAUUGCCCAAGUCAGUCAUCUUCAAGUGGCAGUUCUAGUUCUACAAUCGUCUCCAACUCCAGAUCACUUGAUAUUUCUGCCAACAUCUUCAAGAACAGUCCAGCAUUCCUUAGGCCACUCAUUACCAGUACAUUUUCUUCAGAUAGAACCAGGAUUCCUACUCCUUCACCUCCAAGCCUUUACUCACCAGUCCUUCAAUCUUCAGAACAACCUGACAGAACCACACCCACACAGAGAGAAAUGUCUCUUGCCGCCCAAGGCACAUCUGGUAGAGACUCAGAUGAUGAAGAUGAUAUCAUGGUAGCACCACUAAGUGGUGCAAGGCAGAGGAGUCCUAGAGAGCAGAGAAGAGAAAGGAACAGGAAGAAGAAGGAGAGAAGGAAACAGAGGAGGUACGAGAGAUGGUUGGAAAGACAGACACUUGGAGCUGAGGAAGAAUCAGCCAUUCAGGACAUCAGUGCAGCAGGCCUGUACUCACUGCUUGGACCACGUUGUGCUGGUAGCUCACUGCGGGAGGUCACCACAUGCUCGGUGUGUCUGGAUAUCUACUACCAGCCCCACACUUGCUUCCCGUGUGAACAUAUCUUCUGUGAGCCCUGCCUGCGUCAGGUGACACGCUUCCACCCGGUGGUCACCCCCUGUCCACUUUGCCGGACUACCAUCAGGAACGUUAAGCUGCAUGAUCAACUGACAUCCGCUGUGAAACAGCUCUUCCCUCGCCAAUUUGAGAACCGGCACCAGAUGGAACGUCGUACUCUGAACCGCUCCUUCCCUCUACCGGGCAACUCCAACCUUCCUCCGUGGUACCGUAUGGGUUACCAGAACAACCGCAACCAGGUGGACUUCCUCGCGUCCCGUCGCAAUCCUGGCUAUGUGCAUGACUGGGGUAUGCGCUAUCUCCAGGGUAUUGUGUGGAGGGUUGUUGCGUCAACUGCGGUGCUGCUUAUUGUGUCUGGUAUUUCAGUCGGAUUCUUACAUUUUAUGUUUGAUUUUUCAUAGGAGAAACAAUUUUUGUGCAUAUUGUACCCUCAUGUUGAGGCGUAGGUUGAUGUAAUCAAUAUGCAAGUAAGUUUGAGUUCAUAUUGUGUUUGUGACAGCACCAAAUCAUUUAUGUAUUUGUGACGUGUCCGAGAGGAUUAAAAUCUUAUAAAGGUCUUUGGUUAUUGCAAAUGUAUGAUGUAGACUUAAAAGCCUUUAGUUAAUAUGAAAUUUUUGUCAUUUAAGUGCAGAAUGAAAUGUGAUAGACCCGCAGUAAAGGCUUUUUAAAAGUAAGUUACUUUUUUAUAGGUCCAGGGGCCCGUUUCAUAAAACUUUUGACUUAUGACAUUAACAAAUUUGAUAUCUCUAACAAAUCUAAUUGUGACUAUGGCAAUAUCAAAGAUGCCAACCUUUAGCUCUUGUUCUGGCGUUACGGUAAACAACCAAAUGGUUACGGGAAACGAUAAAAAAUAAGUACAUUAUAACGUAUGCCGUCAAUCUACACAUGGCCUCCGUACACAGCUCUGUACGGCGCUGUAUGUCGCACGCAUUCACUCACAAGUUCACUGAAUUUAACUACAUUGGAUGGUCACUUUCGCUCGCUACACGCUUAUUGUGCACUUAGUCUAUGAUGCCACCAGCAGACCGUCCGCCGCCAUCUUGUUUAAUUCCGAAACAACGCUGCCGCCAUUAUUAUUGUUUUAAUACUAGUAUUCUUUGAGCGGUUGUGUGUUUUGGGGGAGCAUGAUGGUGGAUGAUCGUGUGCGCGGCGCCUGCAAUCUUUACCCAAUCUUGACCAUUGAAAGGAUUUAUGAUAAGGCGAGAUCUCCACAGAUGAGAUCUGCAGCAUGGUCUUACUUUGAUACAUUGUAAUCUUCUGCGUUGGCCUCAUCAGUCUCUCCUUCUCUCCAAUAAGCUAUUCGGUAAGUCCCACUUCUUUUUAACUCCUCAAACUUUCCAUAGUAUAAAGUCCUUUGUUGCGCCUCGCACUCGGGAGAAGUUUGUAUAGAAGGCCAAGAAUGUGAAGUUCAAACUUGGCAACAGGACAUGAAAAGUCAUGCAGUAAUGCACUCUGCAAGCCAGAGGUCUGUCGAUGUUUAAAUCAACAUUAGGUCUAUAUGGGAAGGGAGGGGUUUGUGGCUGUUGGGGGUACCGGUAGAAGGUGGAGGGUGGGUAGGUCUUGGUGGGGCUGUAGGCCUUUGUGGGGUCGCCGUUGCUGCUGUCCAUUGUUGUGGGCAUUCGCUAGCAAAUCGCAAUUAUAGCAUUGAUUAUGUCUAGGAGGGCCUCUAUUUGAACGGGGACUAUUUUGCCUUAGGUUGUAGUUACUCUGCCUCCCUGUUUUCUAUAUUUUGGAGUUGCUUCUCCAAUUCUUUUACCUUGCUUUUGUGGUACUCGAAUAAGCCUGGGCCCUGAAUUGGUUGCUAGGGGGUCUACUUUUGGGAGUUGGUGUGGGGGAGGAGUGAAAUUUGUCAAAGUCUUCAGCUUCUUGUUCUGCUGCCCUCCCUUGUCUUCAUUAAUUCAUCAAAGUCCAAUAGUGUUUCAUACUUAUGGCGAAUUGCAUGUUUCACCUUAUCAUUGGUUAAACCCUUCCAAAAUACGACACGGAGGGUCUCUUCUCGCGCUGUCGGGGAAAUACCCCUUCUCUGUUCGGCUUUGUGGAUUGCUAAUUGGAGUCUUCCACUAUAGAAAGCAAUCGAUUCCAGGGGUCCUUGUUUAGCCCCAUACAAUUGUUGAAGUAAGACUGCCCCAGACUCUACAGUGCCAUACAGGCCUUCCAACUUAUCCACAAUGUCAGUCACUGUGGCCCUAGCCUCCAUGUGUAUUUCAAUUUGGCCCACUUCACCCCUGAGUGAGUGCCUAACCAUGAGGCCGGGUGCUUCUUCAUUGUAAUUUUUGUCAUGUGACAAGCAUUCUACUUUGUAUUUCCAGAUUUCAAAGGGAACCUCCCCUCCUUUAAUUUUGGUAUCCCCAGAGAACAGAGAUAGUUUCUCCGGAGUUUGUAGGACUACUUGUGUAUUCAUAUCCUGAACUAUGCGCUUUUACUCCUGUAUUGAGCACUAGAGCUGAUCUCAGUACUUCUUUUAUACUUAGCUCUUUUUCCUCAGCUCUUUUCCCUCACAUGUCUUUCCGUCUAUUGCUAAAGCUUGACCAGCCUCAUGUAUUGAUUUGAAAGUACAAUAUGCCUUGCCUGUGAAUUCUUGGGUAAGAGAACCCUUACCAAAGGCAACAUUCACUAAUUUGAUAUCUUUGAAAAAUUUGCUGAGUUUAUUUUCUCCCCCAUCUACGAGGUUAUCUACACACUGUACACUGUACAGUGACCCUUCAUGGUUGCCAUUCUGUAAUCUUACUUGACUGUACUGAAAUGCAAUGAAACUCAAUAAUAAUGUCACUGGUUGUUCAGCAAACUAAUUUCAAAAUUUGUUUGAAAUCGAAACACAUGCAGUUACUCAACAGAAACAAAUAGACUUAAGGAGUGAGAGGUGCAUUUCCUAAUUUUUUAUAUCUAGUAAUAAUAAUAAUAACUAGAAAUUUAAUUCGCCAUUGAGACAUAUAAUUACGAUUACAAAUCUUACAUUCUGCAUGAUUUUGUCAGAAGCGCUUACAAAUGGCUAUAUGAAUAUCUAUCUACAUAUUAUUUGGAACAGUCAAAUGUUAGCAUAAUUAAUAUAUUGCAAAAUAUCACAAAAGUUGACCUAAUAUGAUACAAACAAAAUUACUUAAAUGACACCUAUCUGUGUUUUUGAUGACAAAAAGAUUUCAAUAAUAAUGAAAAACAAAACAAUUAUGAAGUAUGAUGUAUAUAGCUUUUGCACAAAAUACACCUGAUCACACAAUAUGAUACAAACAAAAUUACUUAAAUGACACCUAUCUGUGUUUUUGAUGACAAACAGAUUUAAUUAAGAAUGAAAAACAAAACAAUUAUGA